UAUUUAUAAAUUAUGUUUUAGAUUAUAAUCAAAAAUACUAAAGUUUAACCAAAAUGUAAUUGCCAUACUUGAUUUAGAAUUAGGUUUUACAUUUAAAUAGGUUACAAACAAGUCUUGCCAUGUUCAUUAAUAUCCACUCACCAUUGUAAGUUUAAGGAAAUCAAAUGUUAGGUUAGAAUCUGAAAUGUUGAUUAUGAUGUUUACGUUAUUUAUUACAUUAUAUUAUUAUAAAGCAACAACACCAUUUACAGAGGCAACACCUGCCUAUGUUGUUUACAUUUGUAUGGUCAUAUUGUCAUCAUCUCAGCCAUUAUCUAUCCACUGUUGAAUGUUGAGCUCCCCCAUAGACUGCCAUAAACAACGGUUCUGAGCCAUCUGCAUCCACUGACUUUCUGUAAUGCAUUUGAGGUCAUCAAACCCUCUAGGGGUCAUAUUUUGCAUUACAAAUUAUUAUUUUUAGGCCUAAGGGAUUUUUGCUAGAGAUUACUUAGCAAUCAAUAACAUUCUACUGCUAAACAUAGAUAUGCCUGUAAGUGGAUGAUGUUGUCUUCUAUUACCACUCUAACCAGGUGGCCAAGCAUAUCAUACAAGGUUUUAUCUCGAGUUUUGCUUCUCUCAUACUUUGUUCCCUUAAUCUCUUUUUAUGACAUAUUCUGUAUAAAAUGGAGUGAUAUAGACUGUAUUUUCACUCUAUCACCACGUGCACAGUUUGUAUAUUAACAACAACAAUGCACAUAGUCAUUUGUUUUAUAAUAGUUGACUGUUUUAUAGAAAUAUUUUCAACAGUUUAAAAAAAGAAGGAUAUUCUCUCCUUGGUUGUUUUUUUCUGUUUGUUAUCAUAUAACUCGAAAUUAUUAUAAAUCUAUUUUAAUAUAAUUAAAUAAAAGAAAUAUUUAUAAAUCGAAAUUUUUAUUUGAAAGAAUAUACUUUCACAUUGGUCUCAUAGAAUUUUUACCUAAAUUCGUUCAGGAGGAAUUUUAAUUAAAAAAAAAAUUACUAGUUUCACAAUAAUUGAAAAUCAUUUCCAUGACUAAUAACAUUACUGUAGUACUUACCAAGGUAAAGCAAAUAACUCUACAAUCUAUCUAUAGUAUAGUUUGUUGGAUAUAUAUUGUUGUAUAGGUGGACUGAUAAAGAAUGCUACUAGCAUUAAGUCUGCUUUUUGUACCAUAUUUUCUUCUGUUCGACAUGCUGUUUCAUCGGAGUGGGCCCAAUAUUGGGCAACCACGAGGCUUCGCUUUUGUUACUUACAAGCUGAGGCAAGAUGCUAUCAAUGCCAUGAACUCAUUGAAUGGCCAGCUACUUGGCACGAAAAGGAUUAGUGUGAAAUUUGCUAAGAAUAUGGCAGAAGAUCAAGAUAAACCAAAACCAGAAUUGGGAAUUGCAGUGUUGGCAGGAGCAAAACCAGAAUUGAAACUCAGCAAAAAGACUGCCAUUCAAUCCAUAGAGGCCAAACUCAAGAUGAUGGAAAGUAUGAAACCAGGCGAUGACUUUGUUAUAAAUAAGUUAGCAGCAAAUGAAACACCAGUCAUUACUCAGUACCAGUCGAAACAACAUCAACCACCAAAUAAAUCUAUUAGUUCAUUUAAAAGACGACAUCCAUACCAUAAAAAAAGAUAAUCAUGUUAAGAUUUUAUUUUUAAAUAAAUACCAUACUUUAAUUCACCUAACUUCUGCAUGUUAUAGCAUGGUAUGAUUAGAUGCUAACAUUCUAGCAAGUUUAGGGAAACAACUGUACCAGAACAGUUGACUUACAGUAAAAUGUAACCAGUUUGCAAGAGCAAAUAACUGAUUAUAAACUUUUUUUUCUUAAUUUUUAUUAUGAUUAUAUUAAUUAUUUUGAAUACUCAAUAUUAUAAGUUCUAUUUUUUUUAAACAUUGGAGUCAAUUCUAAUAUAUAUAAUUGAUAUGUCCUUACUACAAUUAAAUGUUUUGUUGAAUCCGUAAGUUACGUUUUAGUAUUCUUUUUUACGGUUUUACGAACUCGAGAUUGACAGGGAGUACACCCUCAUAGCCUACAGCCUAGAUGGUCGCGUACAACACGAUUUCAGAGAGGUUUUCUCUCACGAACACUCAGGUUAUGGAAUGAGCUCCCUGCCAAGGUUUUCCCAAGAGCCUACAGCAUGGGGUUCUUCAAAGGAGGUUACCCCUCUUUUGAAGAACCCCACGCUGUAGGCUAGAGGUUUUUUUAAGUUCGACAACGCGCGCGUAAUUAUUAUUGUCCCCUGGUAUUGCAGACAUCAGGUGGGCCCUAUCCUUUUUUGUCAUCUAUAAAUGGUAUAAAAAAAGACUUUUCAGCCACAUCAUGCUACAAUGCGCAGACUAAGCAAUGAAUUAAUUUGAUUCACCGUCAAUUAUUUAUAUAUUUCGUGUGGUACUUUUCAUUGUGUUAAAUUGUUUAUUAAAUAUUAAAUUUUUUUUAUAUAAUUAUAACAGAUUUUAAUGAUGUAUAAAAAUAAUUGUAAAUCUCAGGUGGCUGAUAGUUAGAAACAAGUUGAAGAGCAUAUUUUGUGCAUUACUCGAUAACACACAACUUGCUCAAUGGAUUCCUUAAAAUAUUAUCUAUUGUAUAGACACACUAUAGUAUUGUUAUUAUAUUUAUUGCUUAAAAAAUUUGUAGCACUCGACUAUACUAACGCAUACUGCCGAUUUAUUAUAUGGUGACGCUACGCAUAAACUGCUGGUACAUAAGAUAUUAUUCCAUUUAUAAAAUACGAAGUGAAUGUGUGUUUUUAAUUUAAGUAUUAGUUUCUAAAAGUAUCUUCUGAUAUUUGAAACUUAACAAUUAAUAAUACUUCUGUGUUCAGUAUAAUUUUAAGUAAUAAAUGUUUGCAAAUGUAUAAUUUAUAGAAACUCAACAAAUUUUGAAAUGUUAUUAGCUAAAGGGACUGCUAGAUACAAUGAUUUUUUUAUUAUAAUAUCAUUGGCUUUAGAUAUUACAAAUGUUGUAUCUAUUUGUUCCAAUAAAAGGUAACUUUUA